AAGACGAAAAGACCAACACCCUUGGCUGAAAACCAUAAGGGCAAAAACAAAAUUUCAAGUUCUCUCGCCCUUUUAUAUGCCAAAUCGUCUGGGACCCUAACCCUAGAGAUUUUCACUUUUCAAGUGAAAUCAAAGAUGGAUAUUGUUCCACCGGCGCUGGCCAAAGGGAUAUUCCUUCUUCUGCAUCGUUCGGAACUUUCCGAUCCGAGGGAAGCUAAAACCUACUGUAAAGCGAUGAUGUUUAAGACUGAUGGCCUUCGCAGGGUGAAGUCGGAACAGCUGUUGAGGGACGUGAAGUUGAGGAGAGUGAAGUUGAGGAAAGCCUACAAGUAUCUACUGGAGGAGGCUGAGGAGUGGAAGAAGAAGGUGGAAGAAAUCGAGGAAGGGUUCAAAGAACUCGAAAUGGAAUCAAUGCACCAUUCAUUGCGAGGCAAACUAUAUUUCAGUGGGCUGCCAUCUGAAUGGCAAACAGAUCCCAUUGAAAAAAACGAAAUCCUGUGCACAAUAACGAACACAGAGAGCAGAAGUCUUCCAUAUUUAGAUGAUCCGAAAGAUGAUGCUGAUGAUGCUGAGGAGGAUGCUGAGGAUGAGAAAGUGAAUGAAAAUGAGUUUGAGGAUGAGGAUGAUAGUGAUGAGAAUGGCUUGAAGUAUUUGAGAAGAAUCAAGUAUUUGAGAAAGAGGAUUAUUUGGAUGAAGUUGGAGGUGAAAUAUCUGGAACCUUACCUCCGAUCCACCCAAGAGAGGUUAGUGCCUUUUUCCUCUUUUUGUUUAUCUUUUAACAAUUUAUUAGCUAUGGUAGUUUUGCCAUAACCUUCCCUUGGCCAGAGUGGCCAGAGUUUUGCCAUAACCCUCCCUUGGCCAGGUUUUAACCAUGACUAACUUAGAAACCCUUUUUGUAGUGAACAGCAUACAUGCAUUUGGGAAAACAUGGCUUCUAUACUACAUAGAAGAUUUUGGAAACAGUGCAAUUAAAUUUAGAAAACUACAGUUUAGGUCAAAUUGUCAAAGAUAUAGUAAAAGAGGUAGCUAUAAACUUGUGCCAUUAGAAUAUAGGCACCAGAUAAGAUCAGAAAAGAGUUGCAUCAGUUCAUAAGCAUGGUUUAGUAUCUCAAUACUAUAAGCAUAGCAUAACAUGUUGCCAUGUAACCAGAAAAUCUGGCAUGCAUGUCCAGCUAUCACAUGUAGAAUAUAAAAUUAGCAUCUGC